UACUGCACAAUAUGGAAGAAACAAAAGAUACAAGAAAUACAGGAACCACUGGAAGAGGAGGUACAGGAGAUAAAGGAACAACCUCAUGAUACAAAGGAAGAGAGAGUAGCAAGACUGGAGGAGAAAGAAACAGAAGGAGCAGCAACUCAAUCAGUAAUUAAUCAAGAUAUACUAUCAACUGAUACAAGUGCGACAAUAAUUAAUAAACAAUUAAUAAAAGAAAUGAAAACAAACAAACAAUUAGAAGAAACACUAACAAAAGUGAGAGUAAAGGAAAUUCAACAACUUCUGUCUUUACCAAGAAAUACUAGUUCAGCAUCAUACAGAAUCAGAAGAGGAAUAAGAAUGGAAAUAAAACAAUUGCAAUUAUUAUUAACAAAUAAAACUGGUUUACUGGAUCAGAAUGAAUCAUUAAUAGAUAUUAAGAGAGAAAUAGCUGAACUACAAGAACAGAUAUCAGUAAUGAGUGUACAUAUACUAAAUAAAAGAGAAGAGAAUGAAAAAUAUAGAAAUAUAAUAACAAUGAAUAAACCAAAAGCAGAGUCUGUUUUUAUUGCUCGUUAUGACUAUCAUGCAACAACAAGUGAUCGCAUAUCAAUCAGUGAAGGAGAGCAGCUAGAGAUAUAUGAGAAGGAGGAUAGUUUUUGGUGGAAAGGAAGAUCCUUGGUGUUUGGUGAUGAGGGAUUCAUUCCUAGUAGUUGUGUUUACUCAAUGUUGGAGUUACUUCAAUUUUUAGAGUUUAUACUGUCAGUGGAAGAAGUGUCCCUUCCUAUUCUACAGAAGAUAAGGAAUGAUUCAUCUAUAUAGUUAUGAUAAGAAAGCUUCUUUUUUUAUUGAGACUAUUAAUGAUGAUCCUAUUAUGAUAUCUGCACUGAGACAAGACAAGGAACAACAUGGAAUCACUGGGACAGUGGACUGGGGCAGUGACUGGGUAGACAUUUCCUCUCCAUCUCCAAUUCAGUGUAAUGAAGUGAUUAGUAAGGUUAAUAAUAAUCAUAAGGAGAUUAGACUCAACUACUCAUCUACUAAUAGUACAGUAUCUCUACUAUCAUCAACUAAACUGCAUACACUAAUCCUGAGGAGGCUUGUGAUAUGGACUACUCCAUUAACUAAUGAUUG